UCGAUUUUUAUCUUUUAAAGCUUUGAUGAUUUGUCACGCCGAGCUCAGGACCACUUUUGCUUCCUCUGCUUCCCUCUCGCUCAUUUCUGCUACUCGAACUCGGCACACCCCCCUCAGCAGCUGCAUAAAUGAACGCUCUUCUACGGACACGGACACAGCUCAGACGCAUAGGCUGCUUGGCAGUCCGGGCGCGGCCACAGCAACCAGCAGUCACAGUACCAGCUCUGCGAUACAACUCGACGGCAACCAAAUACAGUCUGCCCAAACUCAACGCCAAAGAGACAGCCGCGCUCGCAGACAAAAUUGCAUCGUACGGACAACCACCGACAGAGGCCGCCGAGCCCAAGCCAACAGGCAUGGGCAGCGAGAUUACACUAACAGACAGCGCCAUCAAGCGGCUGCUGUACUUGUCAGAAAAGCGCAACAAGACGCAGUACCUGCGGCUACGGGUCGACUCGGGCGGCUGCUAUGGGUUCUCGUACAUGCUGGAUAUGACCGAGACCCCCGAAGAGAACGACAUAAUGUUUGAUCGCAAGGGCGCAAAGAUGGUCGUGGACGACGUGUCGCUGCCGCUGGUCCAGGGAGCGACCAUCGACUGGCAGGACCGGCUUAUCGGCCAGGCUUUUAUUGUGGUGGCCAACCCGCAGUCGAGUGGAGGGUGUGGCUGCGGCUCGUCAUUUGAGAUCAAGCUGGACUGAAGACGCACACGAGUUGUCCCCCAGUC